AAAGGUUGAAAACGGAGAAGGAAGUAAGAGAAAGAUGGAGCAGGAUAGAAAAAGAGAGAGUGAAUCAGAGAAAGAAAGGGUUGAAGGGCUUCCGAUAAAGGACAGUCCCUACGUGCAAUACAAGGAUCUGGAGGAUUAUAAGCAACAGGGUUAUGGGACGCAGGGCCAUCAAGAACCAAAGACAGGUCGUGGUGCUGGAGCUACUGAUGCACCCACUCUUUCUGGUUCUGCACUUUCCUCUCAGUCCCAAGCCACUGCUACUGCUGCAAAUAAUCACAAAGGACUUCCUUAGUUAACCCCACCUCCUACCCUGCAAUACCUCAAU